CGCAGCUCAGGCUCAGCUGAGAUCUCUCCGCCGCCGCCGCCGCCGCCAUGACCACGCUCUCCGCCGGUGUCCUCCUCAAGCUGCUCGACGGCAUGAAGACCGGCGCCGCCAAGCCCGUCGGGGAGCACCGCACCGCCCUGCUCCAGGUCACCGACAUCGUCCCCGCCGACCUCGACGACAAGGACCUCCUCCCGCGCCACGGCAACUUCUACGUCAAGCUCUCCGACUCCUCCCACUCCAUCUACGCCACCCUCCCGCUCGCCCAGGCCGACCUCGUCCUCAGCAACAAGCUCCAGCUCGGCCAGUUCCUCCACCUCGACCGCCUCGACCCGGGCUCCCCCGUCCCCGUCCUCGUCGGCGCCAGGCCACUCCCCGGCCGCCACCCGCUCGUCGUCGGCACGCCCGACCCGGCCUCCAAGGCCAAGCCGGCCGCGCCCCGGAGGGGCUCCUGGGGCCCCGAGAACCACGCCGCCAUCCUCGCCUCCCCCAAGCUCAUCAGGCCCACCACGCUCAACUUCGACGACAACAGGACGCCCGUCAAGGCCGCACCCUCGCCGGCCAGGAGCACCGCCACCGCCUCCGUCAGGAAGAGCAGCAGCGUCUUGCCCAGGAUGACCAGGAGCAAGAGCUUCGUCGCCGAUAGGCCGCACGACCACCCCAAGAUCCCCAAGAGCCCAUUCCCAACCGAGAAGAGCUCAGCGAGCUGCUACACAGCUCCACGGGUGAUGAGCCGAAGACCGCCCAAGGAGGAAGAACCCUCCUCACCCUCUUCGGAUGAUGAGCUCUGCAGCUCGGCGACGUCGUCCAAGAAGAGGCCGUCGACGAGCACUCGCGUGCCAGUGCCGGGGAAGCUCAAUCUUCUGGGCAAGGAAGCCAUGGAGCAGAGGGAGCAAGCUCAGAAGGCGGCACUCGAAGCGCUGCGCAACGCCUCCGCUACGGAGAACGUAGUUAGGAUCUACAAGAUGUUCGCUGAAUUGAGCAAGACGGCGAGGCCGGACGCGCCGGCCACCUGCUUCGAAAGCUUCCUCAGCUUCCACCAGGAGGCCGUGCAGGCCGUGACAGACAUCGAGGCGAUCCACGCGGCCACCUCGAUGGCCGGAGCGGUGGCAGCCGAUGAGCCGCCGGUGCUGCAGGAGAUUGCCCAGAACAGGUCAUCGUUGUCCAAGAGGAGAGGCGCCCUGGGCGUGUCCAAGUCGGUGUCGUUCGCGCCCGGCACGUUGGACGACGGCGGCGGCACCAAGAACCGGAGCUCCAACGCCAGCAGGAAGUGCCUUGUCCUGGACAAGAUCGGAGAAGACGGCGGCGGCGGCGGCGACGAGAAGCGAUCUUCCGGUGGCAGUGCAGCCACGGGUGCUUUGGGGUCGUCGUUGAGGCUCGCGAAGCAGAUGCAGAGCGAGGCCGGGAGCUGGUUCAUGGACUUCGUGGAGGCCGCGCUGGAGACUGGCCUGAAGAAGAAGAGCAAGGCGUCGGCGACGGCGGAUGGGCGGAAGCAGAGCAGCUGCUGCUGCCCGCAGUCUCUGAUACUGCGGGUGAUCAACUGGGUGGAGAUGGAGCAGAGCGGUGACGGCAGCAGCAGCAGCAGCAGGAAGGCCGGUCACCCGAGAGCGGCUGGCAUUGCCAGGAAGCUUAGGAUUAAGGCCAAGAACCCUUAAAUCCUACUGGUAGUUGUAGCUAAUUUGAGUUGUACAACUUAAUUAUUUUGCUUGUUUUAGUGGGCAUUGAGAGAAGGUGAUCUGUAGAAUCUGUAGAUGAAGGAAAGGAAGUUCCAUCACUUCCAGGAUAGAGAUGAUUGAUAAAUAGGCUGCUCCAGGUGACCUCCUCCUCCUGCCUGUGACAUAAAUUGACAGUAGUCAAUCAGCCACAAACACCUGCAUACUCAAGUUUGAGUACAUGUACCAUUCAUUAUUAUUCAUUUUCACUUGUUUUUUGUCUUGAUAGUUCAUCUGUUCAUGUGCAAAACUGUACGAUGGGGAUAACCAUCUGCUUGGCUAGUUUAACCUUGCCUGGCUGUCACAGAAACUUACACGCUUAUGAAU